AUGUGGAAAAGAUUUUCCUAAAUUAGCAAAACUUCGUAUACAUCUAGAACGAAAAAAUCUAUGUAAACUUAAUAUUCCAAAUUCUAUUACAAACACAAAGUGUCCUGCUUUGCAGACCCCAUUACAACAAAAUUUAGCUAUAAAUCAAAUUCCGAUACAAACCCAUGUUCUAAUAGGUGAUUUAAUCCAAUUGGAUAAUACACCCUCAUCACCUAUUCAAAAUAUACCCAAAAAUGAUACAGAAUA